GUCCCCUUUGCGAUGCCGUAGCCAGUGUUAAUGGCACGAUGGUAGAAAAGGAGAGCUUGGAAUAUAGUAUUUUGUCGGAAACCAGCUUUAAACCGCAUCAGUGCCUCGCUUUGCACUGGAGAGGGCUUUCAGUAGCUCGCGCUGAUGGUCCUAGCCGUGGGAGGUACAUGGAUGGGAUGAUCCACAUGUUGACUAAUGGCUGUUCUGAAAAACAAAAUGUAUUUAGCUAAAGAGAUGAAAUCAAAUGAUACAUCCCAGAAGAUCAUCACAGCGCGGUGACUAGCGCACUCUCCAUUGUGUGCAGCAGAAUGUCUCCAAGGGUGGCGACUCUGCUGUCCGGACUGUGGCUGUUCUUGGUUCUGUCUUGUGCUGCUAGGUCGAUGUGGCAAGCCUGUGACAAUGGGAAGCUCUUGCUGGGGAGAGACCUGCCCCAGUCAGUUGUAUGGAGCUGUCCUGUGAUUUCCUGGCCAGAGUCCACUACCCAGAAGAUUCCUAGCAUUGAGACAGAGUAUCCCCCACAGAAUGAGAAAUCACGCCUGGUCUCUUCGUGACAUUUGUAUCUGAUACAAUAUGUCUGGCCUCUUUUCCUGUCUGACCUCAGCCGAUUGAGCACGUCUGCAUGGACACACCCAUCACCUACAAUCACACUAUCCCCAACAGUGGCGCUCACCGGACUGUAGGGGCAGAGAGUGGAGAGUACCUGUACUGCCCCCCUCAACGCUGGCUCAACAACCUGCAGCAUGGAGCAACAGUGUUUCUGUACCAUCCGUGUGCUCCUGUUCGUCAGCGUGACCUGCUGUCUGUCCUGGGCCACUGCUGUCUGUCUGACUACAUCAUAACGCCACACCCUGACCUCAGCAAACACAGACCGUUAGCGCUGGUGUCCUGGGGUCGCACUCUGGAGCUGUCCCAGGUGACCACUCCGGAGGUCUGUGAUUGGCUGCAGUUGACAGCGGCACACGGUAACAGUGGCGAUGUGGGUCCAAACAGGAAGUAUAACUUGCUGUUGACCCAUCCUGCGGAUCACAAACACGCAUACCCAAAGAAGUCUCGGAAGCAGUGCUGUGAGGAGACCCUCGCUCUGCUGCUGGAUGGACGGUUGGAGGUGACAGACAGGAGGAGAGGGAGGGUCCGCAAGAGCCGAGCUGCACUCGGGAAUGAGGGGAGGGAGAAAGAGAGCCGGACCACCGUGUUGCCGCCUCUAGCAGUCACCAAGACCAACAGGACUACCCUGGACAGACCUGAAGCACAGGGCCCAUCCAUAGUGAGGGCUACACAGAGAGAUACGGACCAAGGACUCAAAGUGACUCAACCUCGCCGCAGAGAAAAUAACACGGAUGACAAAGAGCCCAGAGGGAACGUGAGAGAAACAGACUGGCUGAACCAGAACGAAGCAGAGGACAAGAGGCAGAGCGGGAAACCGCGAGACAUCCAGGGGAGAGGGGUGACGAGCAGCAGACGCGAGGGAGAGAGACGGCCCCGUAACUCUCCAACCGAGAGGGUAAAGGCUCUGUCUCAGAGUCGGCGUAAGCAGGUGGCUGUCACACAGGCGAACAGCCAGGACAGGAGAGCAGGCUGUGAUGGUAGGGUGGCCCACAGCGAGUGCACUGAGACCGUAGCUCCGCUAGGGGGCGCCGCGGCUGGACCCGGUGACAGGAUGCUGCCCACUCCGCGGACAGACGAGGCGGUGUGGGCGGCGGCGGCGUUGGGCUUCCUCCUGGUGCUGCUGGCACUCUCCAUGCUGCACACCCGCCUUUACCGCCAGUGGCGCACAACGCCCAGCAUGUACUGGCAUGACCCCAAGCAGGACUACGACAGUGUGGCAGAUGUGAUCCACAGGAGGCUGAAGAUGCCAGGGAGGAGGAAGAGGAGGGUGUCCAAGAGCCGACGACAGGAAUGUGUCCUCCUACCACCCAGCUCCAGCACAGAGGAGGACGAGUAGAAACAGACUGUUUAUUCUGUUUAUCUGUUUAUUACACCCAUCUUGGCUUUAGCCCUGGGAGAAGGAAGGACACUGGGACCUAAAAGCAGGGUACUCUCAUUUGCCUAAUAACACUGCUCUGUUGAAGAAACUGAGCAUUUUAUGGAUUUUUUAGUAAAGAGACCUCCGAUUCAUCUUUUAUCAUUAAGGAAUAUUUUAGUAUUUUAACUGUCAUACAACACUCCACAGUAUAAAACCCCAUUCAAUCAGAUCUCAUUCACAAUCACCACCAAUGAUACCAUUUUACUACGCAUUCAAUUGUUCUCGUAGGGGCCGAUUCAGACUUAGAAGUGCGUAGGAAAGGGGUACAUUUCCUAAGUAGUUGGUAUUCAGACUUAGGAAACAUACGCCUUUCCUACGCACUUCUAAGUAGUUGGUAUUCAGGCUUGCCAUAUGAAGGUUUGCGAGUGUGGCUCCAACAAUAAAUGUAAUUCAACUCCGGAAAACACCCACUGGUUGGCCGACAGAAUUGACAAGGGAGUUUUUGUUCAAUACAUUUUCUGUUAAUUUAUCUAAAGUAAUCCCUUGUAAAUAUGUGUUUGGACAGUGAAGCUAACCAUUUUUAUUUUAGGACAAACGUUUCAUGAGGCAACCUUUUAAUUUGAGGGUAUUUUCAUCUGUUUUACCUUUUAGAAAUGACUUCUCCAUUUGAAUUAUUUGGACAAAUUCACUUAGUGUAUUAAAGUAGUCUCAAGUUUUGUAUUUGA